AUGGCAUUCCCCAUUGUCAACGGUACCGAGGUGCUGGUAGAACCACCAGGAAACUACCACGUCAACUUCACUCAUCCAUUCAAAGACACUGCGACUAUCAACUCAAGUUACUGGGCCUUUGGCAUUGAGUUUUCCGUUGCCUUCCUCUUUUUGAUGCAGCGUAUCUACACAGCCACUUUCAUUGUGCGACGAUGGCGCAGUGAUGAUUACAUGAUUCUCGCGGCAUGGCUGUUGACUACGUUUGCUCAAUGUCUGGUUCUUCAUUGCUUAAAGCAAGGUGUCCUUGGAGUGCAUAUAUGGGAAAUGUCUCUCGAGGAUGCUAUUUGGGAGACAACGCUCAUCCAUGCUACGACAUUGACAGUGAUACCAGGUACCGUUCUUGCGAAGCUGGUACUUUGCAUUUUCUACUAUCGCCUGUCGCCAAUCGUCUGGUACCGCUACGCCAUCAUCGCUACGUCCUUCAUCACCAUUGCUGCUUUCACCGCCGUGUGGUUCGCAGUCCAAUUUGCUUGUUCCCCUAUAUCGGCCGCAUGGAAUCUUCGUCUUUACACCGGAACCAAUUGCAUCGACCGCCCUCCCGUAUACAUGCUACAAGCCAUCAUGGGUGGUGUGACCGACAUCAUGCUCAUGGUCCUGCCUCUGCCCAUCAUCCUGCGUCUGCAAAUGUCGUGGAAGCAUAAAACGGCACUCAUCGCAUGGUUUGGCACUGGUCUUAUCACUCUGGGUGCCGCCGUGGCACGCUUGGUUAUCCUGAUACCAAGUUUAAAAAACUCGGACACAACGUUCGUGUUAGCCCAAGGCACACUUUGGUUGAUAGUCGAAGCCAAUCUGAUUAUCAUCUGCGGCUCGCUGCCGACUUCUCGUAUUUUUCUUAAUCAGGUUGCACCCAAGAUCCUCGGCGAGUCGGCCGGUCGCAGUAGCAAUGGCAACAAAGGCACCCCUCCGGCUGGAAUGCGGUAUGCUUUGCGGACAUUUGGCAGCUCAGAGCCAAAGCGGAGGCAUUUUGACACUAUUGACGAGCUCGAGCUUGGUGACAGACCCUAUGGCUCGGAGGUGAGGUGGAAGGCGGAUGCGGAUGUAGCGGGCUCGGCGUCGACACGGAACAAGAGGAAGAAUCACUGUGAGGGUAGCGAUGAGGAGGCUAUCGUCAAGACAGUGCAUACAGGAGACCCAUCCAUCUUUGUCACAGAUACGGGCUUCGUCAGCUGGUAA